AUGAGUAGAAAAGAUAUCAAAGAUCCCAGCGGCAAGGUGGUCAUGCAGGUUGUGGAAUAUGACGGGUUUCAAUUUCCUAUCAGACUCAUUGGGGACAUAGUGGAACAACUCAAACAGUUAAAUGAUAUGCCAUUCACAAACAGCGAUGUAUGUGUUGUUUCAUACCCCAAAUCUGGGACAAAUUGGUGCUAUGAAGUGGUGGGCAUGUUACGAAAUAAAUCUUCGGAGUAUCACGACAAGAUGCCCCCACUCUUAGAAAUGUUCCCCAUAGAAAAACUCAAGCAAGUGCCCGAUGGUAUUUAUGCGUCCCAUUUGACACCCCGACACAUGCCAAAAGAUUUCAUGGCCAAGAAAUGUAAAAUUAUCCACAUCUACCGAAAUCCAAAAGACGUCUGUGUGUCCUUUUUUAAUUUCAUCAAGAAGACAAAAGCUGGAGAGUUGAUGAAAGACAUGGAAUUUGACGUCUUCUUCGAUAUGUACAUCACUGGACAACUUUCGAGAGGUUCUUGGGCAGGAUAUGUAAAAGAAUGGACAAAUUUCCAGGAAGAGAAUCCAUCAUACCCUCUCUUAAAUCUCUGCUACGAAGACAUGAAGAAGGACCUUAAGGCACACGUAAAUAAGGUUGCUGACUUCCUGGAGCUCGACACAAGUGAUGAACUGAUCAGUGAAAUUGCGAAUAAGUGUGAGUUUAAGGCAAUGUCGGCUUAUAAAAACAGCAACGUACCCGCGUCUUUGAGCAUGAUGACUGAUGUGAAAGACAAACAUAUACUGUACAGGAAAGGUAAAUCAGGGGAUUGGAAGAAUUGGCUGAAAGUUGCCCAGAGUGAGGCAGUGGAUGCAUCGGUGGAGGAAGCAAAAAUCCCUCUGGAAAUCAAGUACACCUAAAGACGAUGAAAAUGAGAUGUUGGAUGAAGACAAAAUCAAAAUUAAUACAUUUAGAGAACAGUGAGACAUUGCAUGAAAUUUUGGCAGAAAGAGAUAGAUAGGAAACAAAUCUGCCUGAA